UGUAGCUCGCGGCUCGGUUGCUUCCUACAGGCUAGGCGGUGACUCUGCAGAGCAGGCUCUCGAGGCCUUCAGCCUCGUGACGCUCUUGUCACGAAUUGUAUUAGUAUUUUUAAAGUCUCAAUUUCCUCUGGCCUGCAAAGCAUCCUUUUGUUUUCAAGAGAGGGGAAAUUCAAGGAGAGUUUAAAAAGAUUUAAAUUCGAGGCCAAGAUGGAGGAGGGCGCCCAUGCUCCAGACUGGGAUAGUGACGAAACCGUGAUCGAGGGGUCUGUGGCAGAGAGCGACCUGGAAGAUGAGGAGCUGCCCUGGAGAAGGUUCCUGUUUGAUCGAGACACAUCUCUUACAUUUGAGUUUGGUCUUCAUCCUGGUGUAAGUGGUAUGUACAAAGACACAUCUUCUCCUGAGAUUCAGCUUGGAUGCAAACUCAGAGAGGAUUCACAAGAGCAAAUGAAUAAAAAUAAAGUGAUGCCAAUUCUUAGUGAGGAUUCAGUAUUACAGCAACCUCAAGAUGAAACAGAACAAAAUCGAGGUGUGUUACAGACUACAACAAAUUUUGCAAUGUCCACUGUGUCAUUUCCCCAGGAUGGGUUUUCAUUGAACCAGCAAAACUUCGGAGGGCAUGAAGCUGAGAAUACUGAAGUUUUGCCAUACCUAGAAAAGGAACUAAAUGAAGACAGAGACUCCCCUGAAAUUAGCUUGCUUUCAAAUAUUGCCACUACAGUAUCUGGUAUGGUUGCUGUAAAAGAGAAAUCAUUAAUAGAGCCGGAUAAGAUCUUAGCAGCACCAAAUACAUUUUAUGACCCUGGAAAGGAAAUCACACUGACCAUGACUUCUGAAGAAACCAAUGAUGAAGAAAGCUCAAUUGAAACUUUCGUGUCUGCCUUAGAAAGGUUACUAAGGUCACCAGAAAGCACCCAAGAAAAAAGACUGUUUGAACCAAUGAAUGAUUUUGAUCCUGUAGAAUUGAUGAACCCAUUGAGCAACUCAUCAAGUUCCAUGUCAAUAUCUUUGAGUGCUUUGUCACCAUAUUGUAGAGAUUUACUAGCAAAUACAGAGGAUGAUGCAUUACCACCUGAGUUGUUCACAGCCCUGAACACAUUGUCAGGAGACAAGGCAGGGCCCAUCUUUCACAGCAAAAAGGAAGGUGGCAGUCUUAGGGAUAGAAAUGAGUAUUUGGAACCUGAUACAUUUCAGACAAAUGAAGAUUGUACACAAAUAACAGAGACUGUAAAAGACUCAAAUCCAUUUGGAUGUCCAAACUUGGCUCAUCAAAAUGUCAGCUCUUGUGAUCCACUAAACAAUAAGAAUCCAAAUCCCAUGGAUAAUGGUUCUGACCACGAAACCCCACGUGUGUUACGGAGAUCAUCUAGAUUGGAAAAACUGAAAGUAAGCCAAGAUGCAAAGUGUACAGAGGACAUGUGUAAGAUUCCAGAAAAGAUUGUACCAAAAAUGCAUAGUUGCGAGGAUCAAAUAAAGAAUAAAUCAAUUGAGAAUUUCAGAAUGAAGGCUCCUGUUUUAAUGAUUGAAGAUAAAAAGAAGAAUAUGCAGUCCUCCAGAUUCAAGGGUGAACAGAUUAGGAAAAAUGAACGACUUAUACUAAAAAAAGAAAAACUGAAGAUUAAUAAAAUGCCUCUCUCUAGCAUAAAUCGGAGAAACAUUUUUGGAGAAACCUUACUGUAUAAGGCUGCUCUAUAUGAUGAUGCUGAUCUUGUUCAUUGUUGUAUAAAAAAAGGUGCAAAUGUUAAUCAGCCAAGUAAUGCCGGUUGGACAGCACUUCAUGAAGCUAGUGUGGGAGGAUUUUAUCGAACAGCAAAUGAACUAUUAAAAGGUGGAGCAGAUGUAAAUAUCAAAGGAAUGUACCAGAUCACUCCCCUACAUGAUGCUGUUGUAAAUGGACAUCAUAAGGUGGCAGAGUUACUUCUUUUGAGUGGAGCUGACCCAUUAAUUAGAACUGACAGUGGAAAGUGUGCUUUGGAUGAGGCCAAAGAUUCUCGUAUGAAACGUCUCCUUGAAAAAUAUGUUCCUCAGUGUCAAAAACGUCUUAUAUCAGAUCAAAGGAAAAGCAUUGAUCCAGGAGAUGUAGAGGAUGUACACCAGCACAAGAAAACAAAAUUCAGUCCUAAAAAUCACACUGGGUUUGAUUGUAAUGAAAAUAUCAACAGGCAAAAGCCAGAAAAUGUAGAAGUCAAUAAAAGAAGCAAAGAGGGUUUAUUUAUAAAUGAAGAUAUAUAUGAAUGUUACCCCAAAAAUUCCAAAAUCAUAAAAUUUGGUAAAUCUAAGCAUAAGCAGUCAACUCUUAAGCAAACAUACUGUACAGGACUCAGAAAAGGCAGUGUCUGUAAUAUCAAGGAUAGUAGCACAAAUAUGUCUGAAGGUAAAGGAAGAAAAAAAACACAAGAUAAAAGGACUCAGGCAAAUGAUGGAGACUGCACUUCAAGACAGGCAGUAGGUAUCUCUUCUUCCAGGAGAAUAAAUGCAGUUGGUGCUUGUCAGCAGCAUCUUGAUGACCUUUCAGAAGAUUCGCAUGAACCCUCCAGCCUGACUCCAUCAAUCCUGAAAGAUGGGUUAGUUAACAAUGUUGAGAUUUGUUCAGUUUCCAAAGAGGCACAUGCUAAGCACCAUCUUGAUUUACCAGAGGGUCAAGAAAUGCAAUUCUUUGGGUUAGAAUACAUUGGCCAAACUGAAUCUGGUUCUUUCUUUGGACCUGCGUUACAUAAAGAAGUCAAGUUACCAUUUGUUUCUACAGAUCAGCAGCCUCAUGUUUACCAAGAACAACAGAGUAGCCCUUAUAAAUCUCAUGAAAACAGUAAUUCAGGUGAAAAAAAUAAAACCUUUAAUAAAUGGGAAAAUUCUUUCCUAUCCUUUAUAAAGGAACAUUCUGAUAAUUAUAAUGACAAUUUCUGUAUCUCUGAGGAGACUAUAACAUCUGAAAUGGUGACAUGUUCUACAGAAUGCAAAAACCACUAUCAAGAAAAUUUAAAUAGAGAAGAAAGGGAUUUACAAUACUUUUUACCUUCUGAAGACCAUUUUCCACAGGAAAAUGAAUUAAAAGAAAGCAGCCUAACCACACUUCCACAACAUGAAGCUGUUAAUAUUUCUGAUUCAGAUAAGGCAGUAAUUUCUGAACAACAUGUUGCCAAUUAUGAGCAAUGCAUAUAUGGAACUAAUUUUGACCACUUAUUUGGCAAUCCUGAGAAAACUUCUCUGACAUGUACAAGGACACUGUCAACACAUGAAGCUUCAAAGUUGACUAGUCAUGUGGAGAUACUUAAAAAGCCCCAAGAUAAUAGCCCCAGUGAAUCAACUCCUUUAAUGAAUCAAAUAGAUACACAUAUUAUGGAAAAGGUAUAUGUGGAACUGAAAGAUGAUGACAUUAAAAGGAAUUUCAGUGACAAAGGCCAAAAACCAAGGCUUUCCCCCACUGUUGUUCAUCCUCAAGAAAUAGAAAUAACUAAUGUUGAAAAAAAGCAAUACCUUCCAGAGAGUGAGUCUAUAACUAAUACAAAUUUUUGUUCCACUAAUAAUAUGAAUAAGGAAUUGACUAACAUCUCAGAAUUUAAUCAGCAAGAGAAGGAAAUUUCUCGCAAACCAGGUGAAGAAUUAACUAAUAAUAUCAAUGAAGAUGAAAGCAUUGUAAGAAAUUAUGAGGAGAAAAAAGAAAAAAUUGAUUCAGAAAUUUACAUGCCUCCGAAUACCCAAGAACACAAAAAAGAGAAUUUCCGAAAAAGACAAAGUUGCUCGAAAGCUACUUAUAACCAAGACAUGAAAACAACUGGGAUCAAUAAGAGGAAUGCCAGAGGGGAAAGCCGGCUUCAUUCUGCUGCCAGAAGAGGAGAUUUGUCCCUAGUUCAAAUUCUUAUAGAAUCUGGAGCAGAUGUGAAUCUGAAAGACAAUGCAGGUUGGACACCACUUCAUGAGGCAUCUAAUGAAGGAUUUAGUGAUAUAAUAAUAGAGUUAUUAAAGGCUGGUGCUAAUGUUAAUUGUGAAAGUAUAGAGGGAAUUCUGCCCUUGCAUGAUGCUGUUGCAGGCAAUCAUUUAAAGCACAGACUAUUUCAUCAUCACAGAAAAUUCAGCUGUGCAGAAGUGAUCAAGAAGUGGACCUGCCUGUGCAUAACUCUUACUGCGAUGAAGGCAGCACAUUGGGCUUUCAUAUUAGCAGCAGAGAUACUACUACAACAUGGAGCAAAUCCUAAUAAAAAAGAUCAAACACAGAAGACUGCUUUGGAUCAAGCGGAUAAUGAAAAAAUGAAAGAGUUGCUAAAAUCUUAUGGUGCUCUUGAGACCAAUAAUAGAGAUGAGAGUAGUGCUGCAGUCACUGUAAAAACUACUACGACUCGAUCAAAAAGAUACAAACAGUGUUUGUGCAAAGAGGACAAAACUGUUGAUCCUCCUUCCCCUUCACACCAAGAAGAAAGAAGAGAAAACUUUCCCAUGCAGCAGAGCAUCAGUGCCAUUCUACAAGAUAUAGAGGAAAACCAACAAAAGUUAUUAGAGUUUGAAAUAAGGAACUCUAAGGAUGCAGAACAAUACAUUGAAAAGAUGUUGGAAAUAAAAGAGAUUAUGGAUAAUGUACUUGCCAAACAGAAAGCAGAAAGGGAUGAUUUGGCUAAAAAAUACAGGGUGUCCAUAGAGUCAUUUAAACAUGGAGUCCUGAGAGAACAACUGGCCAAUUUGGCCACAAGACAGAAGAGACUUUUGGUGGCAGCAAAAAACCAGAAAAAUAUUAGCCUGAAAAUUCAAAAUUAUAAGAAUACCACAUCCUUGCCUGGUCUUCAUUUAAGAAAGUUAUCAUCCAGCUUAGACAUCUCCAGUGACAAAGGCAGCCAAGAGCUUACAAGGCUGGAAAAUUUAGGGCAGCUGCAAGAUCCUGUCCACCUUGAUUGUGGAAGCGUGAAAGAAACAGCAUUGUCUCCAGAGACUUGGAAUGAUGGCCAAAAUACAAAUAUUUGUCCAAAUUCCAGAGGAUUUUCUAGAAAUGAGAUGAAUUUGAAACAAGAUAACGGUGAUUGUACCUUGGAUGAUUUUUCAAAAUCCAGACAUUCACAUAACACUGAGAAGAUUAAGUCAUCCUCCAAACAUGUUUUUAUUGUUCAAACAGAACACUCACAAAAAGAAAAUGAUCGUUCAGAAAAAAUAACCGAAGAUCAUGAAUUCUGUAGUUCUUCUGCCACAAGCACGUUAAAUAUUUCUGAAUGCACAAUUAGCCUUUCCCAAAAUGAUGCUUAUUUAUCAACUGUUAUUUCAGACCAAGACCUUUCCCAUUGUGAUCCCAAAAGAAGAAAUAAGAAAACAGCUUCCCAGCUACCACCUGGUGGGGUCUCAGAAUCUCUGGCACAUCAAAGUAGUGCUGUUUUAGGCACUGAUACUGGACAUCCCAUAAAAUCAUAUCUUAAAAAGACAGCUUCUGCCAUUCCAUGUGCAAAUGACAGGCAGAUCUCUUCUUCCUCUGAGUCUGGUCAUCGACAUAAUAUUAAAAAGCCUUUAAGUUUUAGCACAACUCCUAAAAAGAAAUGUAUGCAGAUAAAAGAUUUGAUAUUACUAGGAAAAAUUAAGCCAGGAAAUAACAUUUUGGAAUUCAGAACACAGGAGACUACCCACAAGGCCAGUAUUUUAAUGAGUGGUAAAAUUAAAGUAGAAAAUGGUCAGAUUUAUCAAAACCCAGUCUGCUGGCUCAAAGAUCUUCUGGGAGGUGACAGUUAUGUGACCUGGAAUUAUGCUUGGAGUAAGGUAACAUAUCUUGGAAAGGAGCUUUUAAAGUAUGUUUCUGAGGAAGUAUCUUUACCUCCAGAACUAGACAUAGUAUCUCAGCAACAUCAAACUUGUCUUCCAGGUAGCUCCAGUGAGUCACUGCAAAGCAUUCCUUAUUAUUUACAAAUCAAUGAAAUACUUUUAACCAGCGAUCAAGAAUUUCUCCCAUGCCAUUUAAUGGAUCAACAUUGGAAAUUCUAUGUGGAAUGUGAGGAACUAACCUUCUAAAGAAGCCUGUUUUCUUAAUAAUUUUUUGGAUAUUUGUUCAUAUUAUCAGCAAACCUUCAUCUUUUAUCUUGUGUGGACUUGUUUAACAUACACUUUAUAUAUUGUAACUUAAGAUGUGUGUUUACUGCUACAGGAAAAAUACAACUCCAGCUGUUAUUUUGACAUUGAAAUAAAGGCAUUUCUAAAUGAGACUGUAUGGG